UCUGUCCGAGGUGAAAGCACACACAGCAGCAGAGCUAACAUGACAACGUUAAGACCUUUUACCUGCGAUGAUCUCUUUAAAUUCAACAAUAUCAAUUUGGACCCUUUGACAGAAACUUAUGGGAUCCCAUUUUAUCUCCAGUACCUGGCUCACUGGCCCGAGUACUUCAUCGUUGCUGAGGCUCCUGGAGGUGAACUGAUGGGCUACAUCAUGGGGAAGGCGGAGGGAUCUGUAGCUCGGGAGGAGUGGCACGGUCACGUUACCGCUCUGUCCGUCGCACCGGAGUUCAGACGACUCGGACUCGCUGCUAAACUCAUGGAGAUGCUGGAGGAGAUCUCAGAGAGGAAGGGCGGCUUCUUCGUGGAUCUCUUCGUGCGAGUUUCGAACCAGGUGGCGGUGAACAUGUACAAACGUUUGGGCUACAGCGUCUACAGGACGGUUAUAGAGUAUUACUCCGCUAGUAACGGAGAACCGGAUGAAGACGCUUACGACAUGAGGAAAGCUCUGUCCAGAGACACAGAGAAGAAGUCCAUCAUCCCGCUGCCACAUCCUGUCCGACCUGAAGACAUCGAAUAACAGUAGACUGUGGCUCUCUGACACUUUUGCUCCUUUUUAUCCUCCCGACAAACAAAAAAAAAAAUCAGAUGUGAAAUAUGUGUAAUUAUUUCAGGACCUGCUCAGUUUAAAGUGUACAUAGUUUUAAAAAAAACAACUGUUGACCCAUUUCCUGUAAUGCUUAAUAUAAUCAGAGAGCCACUGAGUGUACAAAUCUUUUUUUUUUUCCCCCUCCUCUUAAAAUCACCGAUUCAUUUCCUGUCAAUAUUCAAAAUAAAACAUUUGCUUAAGAAACAAGAA